AUGCGACAAACGGUAAUUCUAGCCACUAAACUAUCACGGAUGUUUUCUUGCAAGAUAUUUCUUGUAGAACAUUAA